AUGAUCGACUACGAAAUAGAAGCAUCUUCCUCUGUGCCCGAUGAGGUAUUUCGGUCUCCAACAUUUCAGCCAAAUUACUAUGACAGUCAUGCUUCUCCUCUCUCUACGAAGAGAGAAAAGAUGCGGCGAAACUCUGGAAGAACCCCUUGCUCUGUUCCACGGGCAGUAAAAACUGCGCCUCCAUUAAGUCGCAUUUAUCCAAGAAGAUUUGCUCUACAAACACCACAUCAAGUGUCUUUUCGAAAUAUACCUCCGGACAACAUUGUUACACACAGUCCCUUGUAUAAUCCACAUAUAAGUAUGCCGUAUUUCGAACAGUGCUACACUAUUGAAAGGAAACUCGGCCAAGGAUCAUUUGGGGAGGCCUACGCCGUUUUUUGCAAGGAAGAUGGGCGAAGAUACGCUGUGAAACGUGCUUUGGAUGCAUUUCGAAGUUCAGCAGAUCGGACAUUGAAACUUCGCGAAGUGCAGAAGCACGAACUUCUACCAUAUCACAUCAAUCUUGUUCAGUUCUGUAAAGCGUGGGAAGAGAAUGGUCGUUUGUAUAUUCUAACCGAAUUAUGUGAAAGAAGUUUGCUGGACUACUGCACGGAAAUUCACACUGUUCCCGAGAAGGAAAUCUGGAAUAUUUUUAUAGAUAUUUUAAGGGCUGUCGAUCACCUUCAUUCGCACGAUCUGCUCCACGUCGACAUCAAACCGGAGAACAUUUUUCUCACAAAGGACAAAGUAUGCAAACUUGGAGAUUUUGGGCUCAUAUUCGAUCUCAAGAAUGAUACUUCCUACACUCCAGAAGAAGGCGAUGCUAAAUAUCUGGCCCCGGAGGUGUUGAAUGCCUCACCGACAAAAGCUGCAGACGUGUUCAGCAUAGGAAUCACUAUACUUGAAGUAACAACUGAUUUAGAUCUACCAUCUAGAGGUGAUACUUGGCAUCAGAUACGAAGCGGUGACAUACCAGAUAGAUUUUUCAUGGGUGUAUCAAAAGAUCUUACUCGCCUAAUCAAAUGGUUAAUGUCACCCGAUCCGGCUGCUCGGCCAACUACCUCACAAGCGUUGUCUGAUUCAGCAAUAGCAAGUCGAGCUACGAUGCGAUCAUUCUAUCUGGCCUACCAUCAAGCUAUGGGCAUGGUCGCUGACCACACUAAUACUGUACUAAUGUGGCUCGUCGCAUUGGUUCAUCUCUUAGCUAUUCCAUUCUUGAUGUUCUUCGACGCACUUAGGAAAAAGAAGAAUCAUGUUUGUACGACGCCAUACAAAGGAUCGACAUUAUUCGCGACUCAUACACCUGAGGUUAACGGCUCUAUCAGACAUAAGAGAAUAUCGAGAUGGGACGACGACGAUAGUGAUACAGAAGGUCGAUAUUCGAGACAAAAUUUUACAGCAUUGAGCAAGAGAUUUCUUGAGAUGGAAGAUCAGCACAAUAGUGGGGACCCUUUUCCUAGAUACCGCUUAAACUUUGACGACGACACUCCUUCGUCCUCCAGCGAAAAGAACGAAGUAAUCGCUGGUUCUACCACCACCACACCAAUCUCAAGCACUCCUUUAUCUAAAUCGCGGCGUAGUGGCUCGCGUGCUUUCACUAGUGAGGUUACCAAAUGGCAUCCAACAAGCGAUGAUUGGUCACCAUCGAGUAGGAGACCACUGGACGAGUCUGACGACGAUAUGUUGGAGAAGUCGCCCAUGAGUCGCGGAACUAUGUCAUGUCCUCCUUAUCGCCAGCCGCUGCGGUCUCGAUUUCGUAAUCGACCGAUCCCCAGACUCGAUUUUUCGCGUGUAAAUGAAUCACCGGAGUCAUUUUCAUCUCCAGCAACAAACACGGAUUCAACGGCAUCUUCUUUAUCAUCCGCAACAAAAAAUGUGAAACAGCGGUUUCAAAAUAAGCACAGUCGAAUGAUGUCUGGAAUGACAAGUUCAGCAGAGGAAAGGAAGAGUAAUAAGCUCCAUUUUCUAUGA